CAGUUUGCCAGAUGCGUUGAUUUUUUGGGGCCUCGGCCGACCGAUUUUCAAUCUGUGGGUUAAAUAAAAUAUUGGUAAUUUACAAAAUACAAAGAAUUAUUAAUAGAAAUUUAAUAAAGUAAGUGAAUUAAAAGAUAUAUGUAGUUAAUAAAAGUAAAACUUCAUUAACAUUAGCGCAUUUACUAUGUUUACGUAAUACCGGAACAUUUUAACAUUUCUUCACAAAAUGGUUUACGAGACUUUACCCCGGACUGUUCGAAUUCUUCUACUUGGUGAUCCUGGUGUUGGAAAAACUUCGCUAAUUCUAUCUUUAGUGACUGAAGAGUUUACCGAACAUGUGCCCUCUAAAGCUGAAGAGAUCACCAUCCCAGCUGAUGUUACACCUGAGCAAGUACCAACCAACAUAGUUGAUAUUUGUGUUGCAGAGCAAUCUUUAGAGCAAGUAGCUGAAGAAAUAGAGAAAGCACAUGUUAUAUGCAUAGUAUUUUCUGUAGACAAACAAGAAACUCUAAGUAAAAUAGCUUCUUAUUGGCUGCCCUUCGUUAGAGAUAACUGCCCAGAUGAUAUUAGAAAACCAGUAAUUCUAGUUGGAAACAAAAUUGAUUUGAUUGAUUAUUCAGUUAUUGAUAAUAUCUGGGAUAUAGCUGAGGAGUACCCGGAGGUGGAUAGAUGCAUAGAAUGUUCUGCAAAAACCCUGACAAAUGUAUCGGAAAUGUUUUACAAUGCACAAAAGGCUGUAUUACAUCCUAUAAGUCCAAUUUACUCUAUUGAGGAGCAAGAGUUGACAGAGAAAUGUAAAAGAGCACUAUCCAGAAUUUUUAAGAUCUGUGACUUAGAUGGAGAUGGCCUUUUAGAUGAUUACGAAGUGACUGUUUUCCAGAGGAAAUGUUUUGACACACCAUUGCAAUUGCAGGUUUUAGAUGAAGUAAAGUCAGUAAUUGCCCAAAAUGUUGCUGGUGGAAUUGAAAAUGAGUGUAUAACAAUAAAAGGAUUUAUAUUUUUACAUUGCUUGUUCAUACAAAGGGGAAGGAAUGAAACCACUUGGACAGUUCUACGCAAGUUUGGAUAUGAUGAAAGUUUAGAGUUAACACAUAGUUACUUAUAUGCUAAUAUUAAGGUUCCAGUAGGUUGUACUUCAGAGUUGUCUUAUAAAGGCCAACAGUUCCUGACACAGCUGUUUGAGAAGUAUGACAAAGAUAAAGAUGGCAUGUUGAACCCAACAGAGUUGAAGAAUGUAUUUUCAUGCUGUCCCAGAAUACCAUGGCAUAAUUUACGAUACACGGUUCCAACUAAUGACAAGGGAUAUUUGACAUUGCAAGGAUGGAUGUGUAGAUGGACUCUAAUGACAUUAUUAGACUUACAAAACACUAGUGCUUACUUAGCAUAUUUAGGUUUUAAUUUCUUGGAAAAUGAGACUCAAAAAUCUGCAAUACACAUAACUCGUGAGAAAAAAGUUGACAUUGCCAAGAAACAAUCCAGUCGUAAUGUUUACCAGUGUCACGUCAUCGGGCCAAGGUCGUGCGGCAAGACGUCUAUAUGUCGAAGCUUCCUCGGUAUAGCACAUAAGAAAAUAAAGCCGCACGCACACGAGCGCGGCGACGGCAACAGCAGCGACCACUGCUGCAUCAACACGGUGGCGGUGUACGGGCAGGAGAAGUACCUGGUGCUGCGCGAGAUCCCCAUCACGCGCGUGUCCGACCCGCUGCAGCCGCACGAGGUCAACUGCGACGUGGCCUGCCUGGUGUACGACGUGGCCGCCAGCCGCUCCUUCGAGUACAUCGCCAGGAUAUACAUUAAAUACUUCGCCGAGAGUCACAUUCCAGUGCUGAUAGUGGGCACGCGCGGCGAGCCGCUGCCCGCGCGCCAGGAGUACAUCCUGCAGCCCGACGUGUUCUGCGGCAAGUACCAGCUGCUGCCGCCGCAGACCUUCCACGUGCGCGAGAACAAGCACGACGUGUUCGUCAAGCUGGCCACCAUGGCCGCCUUCCCUCAAUUUCAAGCUGCUUGGAUUUUAUUCAGCAAGCACAAGCAUUUGAAGCACUUCGCCAGCCUCGGCGGGGAUAACUCAUCGUGGUGGAAGGCCGGCAUCGGCGUGGCGGCGGCCACGGUCAUGGGCUUCAUGCUGAUCAAGAUAUUCAGCUUCCAGAGAAGAUAAAUACUCACUGCCACCUUCAUGUCAAAAAGAAUUAUACUAUGUAUUAAUUUCAAACGCAAUAAUUUAUUUCUUAUUUAUGAACCAAAGAAAAAAUAUACAGAGUAUAGAAAAUAAUUUGUUUCCAGAACAAAUUAAAGUACUUAAAAAUAUAGAA